AGAAUGAAUCGGAUUUUUGGAACAGGAAAGAAAGUUCCACCACCAGAUCUCAACAAUGCAAUUUCAAAUGUCGAAUCAAGAAGUGAUAGCAUUGAUAAGAAAAUUCAGAAGCUCGAUCAGGAUCUUAUGAAACUUCGUGAUCAAAUGUCAAAAAUGCGUGAAGGUCCAAGCAAGAACUUGAUCAAGCAAAAAGCAUUGCGCGUACUGAAACAAAAACGAAUGUACGAGAACCAGAAAGGUCAAUUGGAUCAACAAGCCUUCAACAUGGAUCAGAGCAAUUUCGCUAUCCAAGGCAUGAAAGAUAACCAAGUUACCGUUGCUGCAAUGAAGGAUGGAUUGAAGACAAUGCAAAAGGAAUACAAGAAAAUGAACAUUGAUCAAAUCGAAGAUCUUCAAGACCAAAUGGAAGAUAUGUUGGAUAUGAACAAUGAAAUUCAAGAAGCAAUGAGCAGGCAGUACGAUACUCCUGAUAUUGACGAAGCUGAUUUGGAAGCGGAAUUGGCGAUGCUCGGAGAUGAGUUGGAUAUCGGAGAGUCGGAUACAAAUUACUUGGAUGAGGCUCUCGCUGCACCUACAGUCCCAAGCGACAAACCCAAGACACGAGUUGCUGAAGGCCUAGAAGUUGACGAGUUUGGACUGCCGAAAUUACCAGCAUAACACCCUUUCCUCCGUGUAAAUUUAAUCAAUCGCUCACUAAAUUCGCACCAUUGACAUCCAAUUACGUCUCUAAGAAAUGUUUAUAUGGCAAUUUAACUUUAAAAACUUCAAAAUCCGGUUGAAUAUUUUUCUGUACAUUAUAAUUAUACAUAAAUGCUUGUGAUAUUG